AUGGCGGCGAAAUCGAGUUCGAGUUCGACAAACGUGACCGUGAAGGCGGCGUGGGUUCUGCCGCACCGCACGAAGAACCUCCGGGAGGUGUACGAGGUGGGUAGGAAGCUGGGACAGGGGCAGUUCGGGACGACGUUCUUUUGCAGGCGCCGCGCCAGUGGGGGGAAGUUCGCGUGCAAGUCUAUUCCGAAGCGGAAGCUUUUGUGCAAGGAGGACUACGAGGACGUGUGGCGGGAGAUUCAGAUAAUGCACCACUUGUCGGAGCACCCUCACGUGGUUCGCAUCGAGGGCGCCUACGAGGAUUCCUCAGCCGUGCACCUCGUCAUGGAGCUCUGCGAGGGCGGCGAGCUCUUCGACCGGAUAGUUCAGAAGGGCCACUACAGUGAGAGACAGGCGGCGAGAUUGAUAAAGACCAUUGUUGAGGUUGUCGAGGCUUGUCACUCGCUUGGAGUCAUGCAUAGGGACCUUAAGCCUGAGAACUUUCUCUUUGACACUGUUGAUGAGGAUGCCAAGCUUAAAGCUACUGAUUUCGGGUUGUCAGUUUUUUACAAGCCUGGUGGGUUGUGGUUUGAACUAUGUGUGUGCUUGUUGCUACAAUCUUUUGCUGAGGUUAUGUGA